AUGUCAGGAAGCAAAGUGUUUCUAACGUAUAAGCGAAAGCGGCAAUCAAGAACAGAUCCUGUACAGGGACAUGAGUGCCGUAAUUCACUUUUUGUUGCUCCCAAUGAUACUUCUUUAAGCAAACCACCAGACUUGCAAGUUCAUUUGAUUGAUAAGCGUUCAUCAGAAAAUUACAACAGAAAUUCUGCGUCGUAUCAUCUCCAAUGCCUAGAUAAGCCCCAUGAGGAAAAGAAACACAUUGAAGUGUCUGGCACAAGACAAAUACCAAUUAAAACCAUUCCGACAAGUCUUGAUGAGGUUCCUUCCCAAAGGGAUGCAUAUGGGAAUAAGUCUAGUGGCAAGAAAGUAGGCUCAUCUUCAAAUGCUAAUGCUGGAGCAUUGGUUGAUGAUAAUAAUGUUGGAGGGAGUUUGAUGCAUGAAGAAGAACAACUUCAUGAUGAGGAAAAGACAGGCAGUGACGCCUUACAACAGGCUGGAGAAGUACUUGGCCAGAGUGCUCAAAGUGCAAUGGAUGUUGAAGUUCUUUGCAUGGAUCAUUUAAGAAAAAGUAGUGAUACUAGAGACUCCUCUUCUGAAGCUGCAACUCUAUGUAAACCAGGAAAAACCCAUGCAUUGAUAAGAGAUGAAGCUCAAGUUUUAUCAAGUGCUGAUCCUAAAGCCACAGAAACCCCUCAUUUAGGCAGAUCACCUCCUUAUUUGGACUUGUCUGCUAUCCCCACUGGUAAUAGGACUUCAUUAAUUUCCAGGAAUGCAUUUGAACCAGACCAUGGUGGUUCUAAUCAUUCUGCAAAAGUAUGGCCAGCCAAUGGUUGUACAGGUGAAAGGGGAACUGGGAGGUCUGCAAAGAAACCUGGUGAGUUAUUGUUGCAUCUCUGCAAAUUUGAGCUUGAGAUUGCAAGGGAAGCUGCCCCAUUUGUGGAUCCUGCUGUUUUGGUGGAAACUUAUGAACAAGAGGAAUGUGUCGAUGAUCUUGAAGGGGAUGAUCGGAUUCAAUCUGCGCUUGCUCACAUUGUGACGCACGCACUUUUGAAGAUGCUCCUGGACCUGAUUAUGCAAAGAAAGAAUUUCAUAUUAGAAUGCUUUUCAAUCCAACUUCCUCUGCAAGUGGAGGAGGCAUUUGCUUUCUGUGGUACUCCAGAAGGUGAUCUGGUCCAUCCUGCAGCAGUACUGGAGACAGUUAGGCGUCAUAGAGUCAAUGUCGAUGGCAAUGUCUGUACUGUCAUGGUAACCACUUUGGUUCUUGAGGGAUGGCAGCGGAAACUUGAUCCCAGGUAUAUAUCAGCAGCUGUUUGCGGGUUUAUCCCUCUUGUUGCUUAG